CUUCAGAUACUACAUCAUCUAUUUUACUUUUGAAUUUAGAGUUAAAUGUUAUGUGCUUGUGACCGUCGCAACUAAUCGUCAUAAUCAUCGGAGGUCCCCGGUCCUCCCUGCUGUUUUCCCCCUUUACUACUCGACAUCCUGUGUAUCCUAGUGCAAUCUAUGGUCUAGUUGCGGGUGACUCAUCUACAAUAAUGGCGGCCCUGUCCCCUCGCUCCACGAAUAUCCUCCCGAAACCCAAGGCGGACGUUGCGAAGAAGCAAUCCGCAAAAGACCUAGCAGCCUCAAAGUCCGCUCCUUCAAAAAACCAUGCGCCGCCUCCUCCCGGAUUUGUUUACGAGCCUGGGCAUGCCGGAGAAAAGUACAUUACCGGAAAUUUUUUGGGCAGAGGAGGGUUUGCUGUGUGCUAUGAGGGCAAACUGAGUCGGAAUGGCCGUCUUUUUGCAAUGAAGGUGGUCAAAUCGGAAAUGCCACAGCGCAAGAUGGCGGAAAAGUUUCGCACCGAGCUUCAAAUACAUUCGAAAAUGCGACAUCCGAAUAUCGUAACAUUUUACCGUGCAUUUGCAUUUGAGACUAAUACUUACGUUAUCCUUGAGAUGUGCCCUAAUGGUUCUGUCAUGGAAAUGGUGAAAAAACGGAGAUGCCUAAGUCUUCCCGAGGUUCGCAGAUUUAUGAUUCAACUAUGCGGUGCGGUCAAAUAUUUACAUAAACGAAAUGUUGCCCAUCGAGACUUGAAAAUGGGAAAUUUGUUUCUGGACCGCAAUAUGAAUAUCAAAGUCGGAGAUUUUGGCUUGGCCGCAAUUAUCCUGAGUGAAAAGGACGAAAAGAGGCGGAAAACACUGUGCGGGACGCCGAACUAUAUCGCUCCGGAGGUAUUGGACAAAAACAAGGGAGGACAUACCCAAAAAGUAGAUAUUUGGUCCUUGGGAGUUAUAUUCUUUGCCAUGCUCACUGGCUUCCCUCCCUUUCAAUCGAAAACGCAAGAAGAAAUCUAUAAAAAAGUUCGAAAUCUUACGUACGCUUGGCCAAAGGACUCAGAGUGCCUGAAUUAUAUUCCGGCAGAAGCAAAAGGCCUUGUUAGCUUAUGCCUGAGUUUGGACGAAGACGAGCGCCCAGAACCUGAUCAGAUCGUGGAUCAUGAAUUCUUUACUAUGUAUCCAGGGUGUAUACCUGGUGAACUUGAUUCGGAGUGCCGCUACUCGAAGCCAAAUUGGAUCAAGGCUCAAGAUCCUCGCGGAGAUAGGUGCGAAAUUGGGUACAGCCUCGAGUAUGAAUCUAGAUAUCUUUCGAGAAUACCUCAUAUCAAAGACCCGGAAGACAGAUUUACUAUUUGUAAGAAUUUCUUUUACACGGAGUGUGGUGUUGGCAGAAAGCCGACUGGCGAGAUACGGCGACCCGUCGGUAAGCGCUGCUCUAAAUCAGCAUUUGCCGAGUGCGCGGCAGAAGAAGAAUUGGGAAUGCAGCCAAUAAUCCCCUUGCCGCUGGAUCAAGUCUACUGUUACAUUCCAGAAGACGAGGACUGGAGCGUGCAAGAAUUGCGCCCUGAGAUCGAAUCCCGUUUUUCUCCAGUCGAAGAGGAAGAUCAAGCUCGAAAGCCAUCGUCGAAGGUGGAAGCUGCUACCUUGGCACGUACUCAGAUGGCAUUGGCAGCGCAAUUGAGGCGGAAGGAAUCGCAGCCUAGAAGCCACGCAGCACAACUACGACAGCAAGCCUUGCCGCCCCGUCAGCCGACAAGAGAAAACCCCCUACAGCAUACUCAAACUGGACAUCAUAGACUAAAGCACGAAUUACCACUUGAGGCGGCACCCGCCCCCACAACAGUCGUCCAAAAUUUGCUUAGUGAGCGGCCUAUCCGAUGCAAAGCACCUGGAUACCACGGCUCCCUUCGAGAGAGAACUAGAUCUUCGGAAACAUUGUCUAAAUCCGCAUCGACCCCAAGCGGCUUGAUGAUUGGAAGGACAAGAGCCCAAUCGAGACAGCAUCUAGCGGCCCUCGCUGAAGAAAAAGCACGGCCCGAUCCAAAACCUAGCAUUUCUUUUCCUCAGGGUGUUGGAUCAAGCCAAGGAUUGAGCGAAUCCUUACGCAUUCAGAGCGUGAGAGAAGAAUCACAGGAUGCGACUGAUAUCGCACCCCGGAAGCCACAGCCCAAGCUAUCCCACCCAAGCGGGGGAAGCUUGCCCGAACGGAGAUCGCGGAGCAAAGGGCAUGAUGCGACAAGAUCCACAUCAUCCAGUGGUGGUAGCAGGUCGAGAUCAGCGUUUGGCCUACGACCUCUUAUUCGACCUGACGAGGAUGCCGAAAUAAUGCCUGGGACAAGUAUUCGCGAAGUUAUGGGAGACUUGAAGGCUUAUUUUUCUGACCUCUGUCGUUCUCGCUCGUACUCAACAGCUACUCUCACAAGAACACGACGCCGUCAGCAGAAGUUCGUACCCACAAAGCCGCAUUCGUACGUGAUGAAAUGGGUCGACUACACAAAUCGAUACGGCAUUGGAUACGUAUUGGAUGAUGGAAGCGUUGGCUGCGUGUUCAAAUCUGAUAACGGAAGUCCAGCAAGCUGCGUUGUGGUUAGAGAUGGAGAAAGGCAUAUACGACUAAGGACUCGCGCCAAGGAGAGUCCUGAUGGGCAAGUUAAAUAUUCGGAGGUUGACCAGCUCGUGCCUAGAGGUGGGAGACCAGUUGAAUUCUAUGAAAACAUUGAUGUUGAUCCUCGCGGACGUCAAGGAGGAGGUGUAAAGAGAGUCCUCGUUGACGCUAAGGGCUUCGACACCAACAAGCAUUCACCCUGCGAAUUAACAAUUAAAAUUCGCACGUUGGAUACGGAGAAAGUGAAACGAGUCAAGUUGGUUGAUCAGUUUGGAAAGUAUAUGAUAGGAUCAUUGGGAAAAGACGUGGACGACCAGUCUCCGACGGACACCAAACCAGGUGAAGACGCUUCGACUGGACAGUACGUGAGAUUUUAUCAACGCUUAGGCAACGUUGGAAUAUGGGGUUUUGGGGACGGCGCUUUCCAGUUCAAUUUCCCCGAUCACACUAAACUUGUACUAUCUCUGCCUGUUCGACGCACCGGCAAUUCUUCCGAUUCUUCUACAUGCUGCCAAAUAGAUUUCUUUCACCUUGCACCAUCUGCUGCACGAUAUUUGAAGGCGAAGGGAAAGAUGCAUCCAAGUGGCUUCGAUACUCGAGCGGUAAUAACAGAUACUGCUAACAAUUAUUUCUCUUCGCUAUAUGACGAGCGAGAGAUAGCCUCUGCUUCUGGAAAAUAUAAGUUUCAGGAGAUACUGGAAGCCAAUUCGUUCCGUCAAAAAAUGGACUUCAUCAUCGAGGUCCUAGAGAGUUGGAUUACCAACGGCCGACUGGGAGGGAGGAUAUUAUCCAGAUCUGCAUCCUCAUCGUCCAUCUCAUCUUCUCAAACGUCAAUGUCCCGAACGUUGUCUAUGACUUCGACAUACCCAACAUCCCUAUCCGCGGGAAAUCUUGAUAUGUCAUGCAACUCGUCUGACAUGUUCUGGUUGGGCCCUCAAGAGAAAUCUUGGGUUGCUCCGGCGGGAGGAAAGUUUGUAUGGGUCACUGUUGGUGCCCAAGGUGGAGAUAACAAAUACAUGUCUCUGUCCCUAAAGAACGACGGAGAAAUCGAGUCUGCUGACAUAGAGGAAGUUGCGGAGUUAAAAGCUAGAUUAAAAACGCUUACGUUAUGAUUUUGUUUGCUUAAUUCUCUCCCUUGACAUUCACUGGCUCACGAUAUCAUUUGUGCUAAAUCUGCUUUUCGUUUUUUUUGCGUCUCUUUUUUCGUUGGACGAGUUGCACACUACCAUCGCAGAUUCUAUUCGUUUCAUUUGCUCCUUUUUCUUUCUCUUUAUCUUUUUCUCUUUGCACUCAGCUGAAUACUCUCAUAUCUAACGAAGUUACGAAAGUCUUUGUCGGGGUUUGGCGCUUUUACGCAAAUUUACUGAAAAUACGUUUUAUACCCCAUAAAGCGUUUGCAGAUAAUGCUUUAAGCGUUGGUGCGGGUUUCGACAUCAAUUUUCAGACCUUUCUAUUCUGCCUCCUGAAGUUUCCAUUAUUUGAAUUUGGUGAAUGUGCUCCCUCUCUUCCCUUGGGGAAUUUUUGUUGUAUAUAGGACCACAGUCAAAUUAAAUCUGAAGCCAGGACUCCGGGGAUCAGCGUUACCGGAUUGUGAAUAGGCUAUAGAGU